UGAAACAACUGGCAUAGCUGAUGUAUGUCCUCCAUGAUUGUAGCCACCCCAUUUUCCCCAGGUCUCUCAGUCUUUAUUUGAAACAACAGUUUAUUACUUGGGCUUCCAAUCUGAAUGCUCCUCGACCAUUUUAAUAAUGUUUAAAAGGUUCGUGUCUUUUCCUAACUCCUAACUCACAAGAUCCUAACUUUUUGCAUAAACUAAAGUAAUUUUAGUUUCUCCUUCCGUUUAGGCAAAAGUUUCCUCUCCUUUUCUUGAAAAAUUCUUUUUCACAACAUCGUCUUUGAGAAAAUCCAAUUAAGAAAUGCCUACAACCCUUGUAAAUGAAAAUGACACAUAUCCAAUCAGCUUUCUUGCCCGCCAACUGUUCGACGAAAUGUUUCUGUGGCUACGCAUUAAGUUUUGUGAGUAUUUGUUUACAUACAACACAACCAGUUCUUUUGCACUCGAUGAUUAUCCCCUGAUUUACGCUCCAGAAUUUCUACUUUAAAUGAAAUUACCAAAGUUUUUUUAAGUUCUUCCACCUACGAUUAAUGGCAAUGUAGCGAAAAGAAGUAUACAUAAAGUACCGUGCAUGAUCAAGUUGGUCAAUUAACUUGAUAGAGUAAGUUAUGGGUAUAAAAUCCCUACAUUUUGGUACUUAAAAGUGCUAUCUUACAGUGAAUCGUGAGCUCCAUGUUGCUGAAUUUGGGUUUGCUAUUAAGGGCUUUGUUUAUUAGUCUGCUAAUGCUCUUGGCUUGAUUAGUGGAAAAUUCUAGCAUUGAUUUGUCAAGUGGCUGGAACCUUAAAAUUUGUCCUUUUUAUUUUUUUAAUUUUUUAAUUUUUUUGGUUUUCUCUGAUAAUGGCGGACUCUCUGAUCUGAAAACCACCAGAACUACAGAAUAGAAUGGUGGAUUGGUCGAGUCUUCCGGUUGAGCUUUUGGGAUUGAUUGCCAGACAACUGCGUUUUGCCCAAGAUUAUGUAAGAUUUGGGGCCGUGUGCAAGUCAUGGAGACGGGUUAUUCUGCAGAGAGAUGGCACUUUAUGCUCGCUGCUUCCAUUGUUGAUGCUUGCUGAGAAGGAAUUUAGUGAUUUACGUGAAUUUUGUUGCCCUUUAACUGACAGAAUGCUCAAGCUAUACUUGCCAGAGAUUCGUGGUAAGCGAUGUUGGGGUUCUUCUGAUGGCUGGUUGGUAACCAUUGGCGCUGAUUUUCAGAUGUGUUUACUUAAUCCUCUUACGAGAAAGCAGAUAUUACUCCCACCACUACACAAAUGCUCAAAUUUGAACACACUUAUUUGCUCUCCAGAAGAAUUUCGUGACUAUUUUGUGUGCAAAGUGGUUCUGACUUCAAGUCCUGCAUCUUCAAGUUGUGUAAUUCUGGCUAUAUAUUCUGAUUUUGCCAAAAUGGCCCUGGCUAAGCUAGGUGAUGAAUCUUGGACUCCAUUGCAGAGCUCUUCUUGCCUUUUCCUAGAUGUCAUUUAUUUUGGUGGACAACUUUAUGCUAUUGACAGCCUUGGGAACAUUAUGAUCUAUAGCAUUUGUGGUUCUUGUAUUGAGACAAUACCUUCGAAUUUGAUACAAUCCGAAGAUGAGCUAGAGGAUCGUCUUUUGUAUCUUGUAGAUAUUGGAGGACAGGUUCAUGUGGUCCAAAGAUAUGUCUCUGAAAUUUUAACUACCCAGACUCCUGAACGAAAAACCUGGAAGUUUGAGAUCUACAAACUGGAAGCUGUCAGUCAUAAGUUGGAAGAAAUAAACUGUUUGGGUGAUUGGUCGAUAUUUGUUGGGAACAAUCAUUCUUUUGCUGUUUCAACUUCUGAUCACCCUGAAUGUUGUAGUAACUGCAUACACUUCACCGAUGACUAUUCAGGAAUAUCUGAUCCUAUAUCACAUGGCUAUGAUGUCGGUAUUUACAUCUUUGAAAAUCACAAGAUACAACCUUUUAUUGGAGAAGAUGUCUCACCUGCUAGGUUUUCUGUACCACUUUGGUUCAGACCAGUUUUAGUGUAAUUUAAGUUCUUCUAGUUUCUUCUAUUAUUUCGCACUUGUACAAGAAGCAUGAUUCUGAAAUUUCAGGGAUACAUUAUAGGAGUAUCACAUGAAUGUGGCCUCACAAUUCAACAUGUUGAUUUUAUUAUGCACUAUGAUGUUAAUACCCAAUUUCUGAGCAUCAUUUGAUA